GUCCGCAUCCGCUAAUCGCGACGCGAGCCCACCCCCCACCACCACUACCACUGGUAUGGACACCGGAGGAGAGCGCUGACCAUCCAGGAACCAUGCCUGCUGUCCUCGGUGGCAAAGGGAAACUUUCCAUUGUCUGUUUUCUGCUCCGAUGCGCAUAUUCUCAGGUCACAAGAAGCCAACACAGCAGCUGUGCCAAAGAUAUUCUGGAGGACAUGACUCAGUCCUGGCCGUCCCAGCAAGCCUUAGGGGGUGACCAGGCUCAGCGAAUCCUCUACAGCCCUAAGGAUGCAAAACAAUCAACUACACAACAAAGGCAAAAUCGGGGGGAUGUUCAGCUGCGAGUGGCCCGUCACCCUCACGUGGCACCUCACAAAUCCAUGCUUGCUGAUGACCUGAAGCUGAGCAGUGAUGAUGAGGACACUCAAAGGGCCAUCCACGAGUCAGCUUCCUGGGACAGACACAGCCUGUCAGCACAGCGAGCGCACACACAUGGCAGACGGGUGAGACAUUCCAGCUCGGGCUCUUCAGGCUCAGACUCCACUGCCGAGUCGGGCAGCAGCAGCCUUCAUUCCCGGAGCUCGAGUCCAGAAGUUCACCCAGACCCUCUGUCGCCUGCCAACGUGCAGCCACCGUGCAAUAACAAGGAGAUUGAUCACCCCUCUGCUGCCCAGUGGCAGUUGGAUAAAUGGCUCAAGAAGUCCCAGAAAAAGUCUUGCAGCAGUGAACGGGAUCCUUCCCAGAGCACUACAGGACGCCUGCCCUCUCCCCACACCCAGCAAGCCCCAUCUCCAGCCAGGUCCUGGAGCAGCAAUCAGGAAUACAGCCCUAGUCAAAGCCCUAUUCCCAGCCCACAGUUCAAUUACAGCCACAACAAUAGCCCCCUACCUAGCCCUGGUUACAGCUAUUGCCCUAGCCCCAGCCCAUUUCCCAGCACCUGUCCAAGUCCCAGCCCUAGCCCGAGGCACAGCCCGAUCCCUAGUCCGGUUCUAAGUGUUUGCCCCAGUCCGUGUGGGAGCCUAAGAGGCAGCCGUAGCCCUAGCCCUGUACCUAGAGACCCUCCAAGAAGCCCAAGUCCCAGCUUACCUCCUUCAUCAAGGGUUCGUCACUACCCAGAGGUUCAGAGUCAGAACCAAACACAACCUAGCCUAACAACCAAUCCCCACAGGACCAAAAUUAGGUCAUGGAUUGCCCCGUUGCCUAUCACCGACCCCAAGAACAAGCCCACAAUUAGUAGUCAUCCUCAGCCGAAUCAUCAGCACAGGCCCAAGACUCGACCCACACAGGAACAAGACCAAAACCAAAGCAAAUCCAAGGCCUCUGCUGUUUUAAACUCUAACCAGAGUCACAGCCUCAAAUCAAGACCCAAGUCUAACUUUCAUCCAAAUUCUAAAGAGCUCUCAGAGGCUCCCAAAGCCAAACACACAUUAAAUUUUGAGCAAAUCCAGGGUGGCAGAUCCAACCAGAGCUCCAACCACAAGCCCAGGCCUCCAUUUCAACCCAGCUCACAACAUAGCCCCACAAGAGCAAAGCACUUAGUUCCUGCUAGUCGUGAAACCAACGCUGGUCACAGUUCUCAUUCCCAAUCUACCUCUAAAGCUGUUAGUAAUUCUGGUUUGGGAUCGAACUCUAGGGCUAGUCCUAGCCUAAAACCUAGGGCCAAGUCGUGGGAGUCUACAGUGCCCAUUCCUGUGCAUGUUAAUCACACAAAAACAUCACAAAAGACACCCCAAACUAAGGAACAGGAGGUGGACAACAGAGGAAAACAUCUCACCCAAGUAGAGGGGAGAAAACAAGAGAGAAAAGAGGACAGACAUAGGGAAAAACAGCAGGGAAAACAGGAGAGAAAGGAAGACAGGAGGCUGGCGGAGGAGCAGCUACUGAGACGUCCCUGGAUCCAGAGUUCAGCGGAAGAAGAGGAGGAGGAAGAGGAGGAGGGAGCGAUAGAAAGGCAGAGGCGCAGAGAGGAGACAGCAAAAGGGGAAAACAGGAGGAGGAGGGAGCGGCAACAAAGACGCGAAUGGCAAACAGACCAGGCCAAACAGAGACUGCUUACAAACGCCAAGCGACACCGCCUUCACGACUCACACCACCAGGGGAGGACAAAAAAAGGAGGGAGAAGUGAGGAGGAGAGACAGUUACAGCCAGAACCUUCACCUCCUCCGUCACGUUCCCCAACUCCUCAUAGAUCAUCCUCCUCAUCCUCUUCCUCCUCAAAUUCAGAUUCAGAAUCUGAACGUCAGGCUCCGAUCACCAAAGUUGCAGCAGAUUCUACCUCCCACAAGAGACUCACCAAGGUAGGGCAACGAGGCCCAGGCAGACCUGACACCAACAGGCCGAAGGUGCUGCACCCCAGAGGACCCACCUCAGCUAAUCCAAGUGAGGGGCAGCAGACUGAAGGGAAGCAAAAACUCUACACCCUAGUCCCUUUUGGGCGAAGUGACCAGACUACAGUGUCUUCCCAGCGAGGGCUUAGAAAUCUGGUGGUGCAGAUAGACCUCUGUCUUCUCAAAAGGGUCCCAGACAGCACUACUAGUUCUCCUUAUAAAAAGCCUCCCUCCUCUCCCUCCUCCUCUUCAUCAACCAAGGAAAAACAAAGAGAAGCUAUGAAACACCUAUACAUACCCGAGACCGCGACAAAAGACAUCAAAAGGAAACGCAAGUUGGAGAAUGGUGUGUCACACAGAGAAAGCAAGAGGAGUCUUCCUCAUGCAAGCAACAUCUCAGGUCACGUAGAGUCGUCAGCUCACACAGCUGAGCGCAACUUUGUGACUGAGACCACACACAAUGGUUACUUGGAGGAGUACUUAGACAGCAAGAGACCACUGUCUCCCCUGUCUCCACUGUCCAUCAGCCCUGAGUCCACCAAGCCUCCCUCCAAAACGAAGACUUCAGAGCAGCAUCACAUCCACGCCCACAAGAACAGAGACAAGAAUAGAGAUUCUGCUGUAAAGCCCAAGAUGGAGGUGGAAUGUGUAAAAGUGUCAAGACAGCCCCAGCCCCCAUCUGAGUCCUGGGGCCCUACGGCACACAGUGGGACCGUGACUAACCAUGAACCUCCACAUCAUGCUGAGUACUACUUACACGAAGCUAAAAGGAUGAAGCACCGUGCCGACGCAGUGGUGGAUAAGCUGGGGAAGGCUGUGAAUUACGUUGACGCUGCUCUCUCCUUCAUGGAAUGUGGGAAAGCGAUGGAGGAAGGGCCACUCGAGGCAAAAUCUCCAUAUACCAUGUACUCAGAGACAGUGGAACUUAUUAGGUACGCAAUGAGGCUGAAGAGCCACUCUGGCCCUGGGGCAAAACAGGAAGACAAACAGCUGGCGGUUUUGUGUUUCCGAUGCCUUGCCCUACUUUACUGGCAGAUGUUUCGUUUAAAGAAGGACCAUGCACUGAAAUAUUCCAAAGUGCUGCUGGACUAUUUUAAGAGUUGUCCCAAAGUGCCUACUACACCACCCUGUUGGAAUGACUCUGGGAAGGGCGCAGGAGGACCCCCUCCUUCGCUCUCACCCAAUGCCAAUCACCUUGGACGGGGUUCACAUGGGGGCAGCACCUCCCCCUCCCUCAUAAGCAUUCCCCAACGUAUCCACCAGAUGGCAGCAAAUCACCUGAACAUUACUAACAGUGUGCUGUACAGCUAUGAGUACUGGGAGGUGGCCGACAACCUCGCAAAGGAGAAUAAAGAGUUCUUCAAUUACUUGAAUACAUUGUCUGGACCAUUGACUCUCCACAGUAGCAUUGCUCACACGGUCCAAUACACCAGACAGGCUCUUCAGUGGAUACGCAUUAGUGCCAAACUUAACUAAGAAGAAGGGAUUUACCUAAACCAGCUCACUGGAUCUCCAGGUCUCAUUUACUGUAGAAGAGCGAAAGCCUCUGGAUCUCUAUGCAGCUAACAGGAAAACAAUGGUGCCUACAGUGCUUUGUGAAAUGGAGCUGGAUAAAAGCCUAUGGAGCCUGACAUUUGACAUCCUCACAGGAUGUUGGGGUGCUCACCAUCUGGGCCUUACUGUGUGCAAAGUCUUCUGAAGGUGCAAACUUUGAACAUCUCACAGAUUUACUACAUGCACCUUCUUCCCCAUCAUUGGAUUAAUCUGAGGAGCUGUGUGCGCUGUGGAUUUGAAGUCUCUAAUCAUUUGCCAAAUGUCCCUUGGAUCUCUCAUACAAAGCCUUUUUCGUACUUUGGAAAUUAAUUGUUAUCCAGCGGACUUUUUCUGUGGGGCCAAAAAAGGAGAAGAUGCUAAAAAAAGACCAACCAAUCAUAUACCACUUUCUCCAAAGUAGAAGACUUCUGCAUCUUUUUUAAUGAAGGUUUAAAUGACUCUUACUUUUAAAGUCUCUAAUAUUUUCACUUUUAUGUGUUUUUACUGUGCAAUAUUUUAUGGAUUAUUGGUUCUUAGAAAAGAGAAAAUUCAAGUGAAUAAAAUGUUGGUGAGUGUAGUUGCCAACAUUAAAGGUUGAAAAAUUUAUUUUUGUCCCUUUUUUGAGGUUAUGUAAUUGAAUGAAAAAUGAAGUUGAAGAGGUCAUCCAGGCUUCCUCUUAGUAAGUUUACUUUCUUGGGUCUGGUUAAGGAGUAUUCAUUUUACAUUUCCAGGUUCUAUGAUAGCGUGUUUCCAUGCCAUGGAGCACAGACUUGUGAGCUAGAGACCAAAGAAGAAAAUUCCCUUACAGCAUUAGUGACACUGGAAACACAGCAUCGCUAUCAAAGUGAGGGCUACAAGGUCAACUCUUGGUCAAAACACUCUUGAAAUCGUUAGCCUAUGAAACGUUUUCAAAAUCAACCAGACUACUAUCAGUGAGAGGGUGAGCCUGACAAUCAUUAAUUUAAUUCAUUCAUUUUUUAAGUUACGUGUUGUUACUAAUUGAUUUAGAGGCUAUGAACACUGUCAUUUUGCAAGUAGUGUACUGUAUAUUUGUGCUCACGCUGGACAAACAAAGGAGAAGGCCUGUUAUCAGGCUUACAGUCUCAACUGGGCGGCUGUUACUGUUCUGGUUAAAGAAAAUUCUCCCUCAGCUCUAAGGUCUUGUAUUAGACUGCAUUCGUUUUAGUUAGGUGUACCUAAUAAACUGGCAAAUGAGUGUCGGUGUGCACAUACUGUAAGUUAAUUUUUGAUACUGUGACUUUUGAAUAAUUUCCAGUUAUUACUCACAAAGUGAUCCUAUGUCCUCCAGUGCCUGUAGCAAAUGUGGUAUUUACCACAUAAACAAUGCACAAGCUCCUUGAGCAUC